GCUGGGGUUGAAAUCACUCUCUUCAGUGCGCUGCUAACCGGUGAAGCAAGUUUCAAUGAUCCACCUUUUGUUGAAUUCCCUUGACGGACACGAAGAUGAAGCGAUCCGGUAGAUUGAAGUCACUCAGCUAUCAAAAGCAAUCUGCUCUGAUACUGGGAGAGCAUGCUCUCACACGACUCUCAGACAGGUGAGGGUGGCAAAGAGAAAUCCGCGGCUCUGGAAUUGCUCCCCUCGCAAAUGGGAAGUCAGCAAGAAGUGAUCGACUUUUCAUCACGGUACCUGCCCUUCUCUCUGGCUCGAACCGCCUUUCAUGUUCGCCUUUCAUCAUUCUUUCGUCAUUUGGUUUCUUCUGAUGUGGUCUACUGCAGUUUUGCCUCCUUCCGUGGACGCAUACACACCCAUCAAUAUAUGGUGAAACCUCCUCAUGCACAGGACACACUGUCAUCCAUGAAAAGCAGAGACAACUCAAGACCGGAUAUGGUCUCUCCCGGGAGUGGUUUCGUCUAUUCUAUUCUUGUCUACACCUUCCCUUUCCCCUCCCACCCGCCUUUCUUUUUUCCCCUCUUAUCGAACACACCCUCGAAGACUCGGAGAAAUCGGAGAACUCCAAACGCCCAAGCCUGAAGUGAGCAGGGAGCAAUGUUGCCGCACCUAAUCACCCAAACGGCCCCGACAAUAUCACAGGAGUGAAGAGUAAAGAGCCGUAUUGCUCCGUAGCUCGACGGGGGCUGACCGCUCAAGGGUUGAAGUCCCUAACAGUGGUAAAACAGUUGGCAUC